AUGAAUCAGCAAUGUCCAUGCGAGUCAGGUGGCCUGGAUGAGACCUCUUUGCUAGCAGCGUUUUCUGACCAAGCUGGCAACAUCAAUGGUGUUCUUUUCCAGGGCUCCUUGCCGGCGUAUUUGCUUUUCUUAUACUUCUUGGGCUACCGUGGGAACAACACGCCGCCCUUGACAUUUUUUGGCUUCGCCUUCUUGCUGGCUUUUGUCCUCCUGACAAUCCCAGCUGGGAUCAUCUCCAAGAGCAGCUAUGGCCUGAUACUUGCAGACUCGGAUUGGGUGCAUGGCAGCGCGGAAUCCUUGCUGACCUGCACAAACAUCAUGAUUGUCCUCGGCUUCCGAGGUGCCCUCACCGGCAAUGGGGAUCUUGCUGACAACAAGACAGCAAGAAACAUCGCCUUUGCUUGGUUGGGGGCCGUCAUCCUGACGCUGGCAUCUGGCAUUCCUCUCUUUGGCUUCCAAGCCCACACGGCUUUCCUCGGCGGACUUGGAGCUUUAGACUUCGAGGCCGAGCCAGUGAACGCACUGUCUAUUCCAAAUUGGAUCGUGCACUGGUCGACGGUUUUUGAGUUUCUCUUCGCUAUGUCCUUGGCCUGGCGCUAUGCGGAUGCAGUUAAAAAUCCAAAGUGGAAGGGUCUGACUUGGGGGAUGCUCCCAAGCAGCAUCUCAAGCGUGUGCGCGCUCACUUUCCACAUUUUUUACAAUCAGAUUCCUUGGAUUCUCACCGGGCAAGCUCUAUUCACAUUCAUUGGCAAUGCAACCUUAGCACUGGCUGCCUACCGCAUAGCCGUUUCAAAUGGCUGGACAUUGAUGGAAUUGGACCCUCGUCGAUUGUUCACAAAGGAGGAGGGAGUCAAAGAAGAAGAGCCGGCAGGCUUUGAUAUUGCCAAGGUGUCUCCGGAAGAUGCCAGUCAGAUCACGCCCGGUCCGCUCUUGGUGGCGGAGAUCCUUUUCUUGACGCUCACCUUUGCUUAUGGGACCAAGUAUGGGGAACUCGUCGUGGGCUCGGGUAUCUUCCAAUCUCCGGAAUCCAGCUUUGAAGCUGCAGCGGUGAUUGCAGUACCAGUGCUCCUGGUUGCCAGCAUCAUCUACAGCCAGAGCCCUGAUCUGAAAAGCGGCGAGAUGCCGCCACUUGCCCUGGCGCCUUCCACAGCCAAAGACAACUAG